AGUGAACUAAAGAUGGACUCUGACCUUGAGUCAGUGGCUUUGUUUACUUUGGCGGCUCGUGGUUUGCUUAAGGCCCCGCUUAAGAACAUGGUCCAAGGUUUGCAGCAAGCACCUGCAGUUUGAGAAUAAACGUGAUGGCUAGAUGCCUAAAUUCAUACGCUCAGAAAGUCAUGCAUGAAGAGCAUUACGAAGAAGACGUUGAUGACGAAGACUUGGAUGAUGACGAUGUUGAUGGGUAUGAAGGACUCAGUGACUACGAUGAAGAUGACAUACCUGGGUCCUCUGGCUACGGAAGCCACAGUUUUGGUAAUACUGGAAGUGAGGGCAAAAGUGCUGACUUGCGGCGCCAGAGAUCUAUUAGCGAAGGUGGUGCUGUGUACUGUGUCGAGGCUGGUGAAGACAACAGACGGGAUCAUCACAACCAACUUGAACGUAAAAGACGUGCAAGCAUCAAAACAAGUUAUAAUGACCUUCGAGAAGUUAUCCCGGGUUUACGAGGAUCGAAAGCAUCUAGGGCAGUUAUACUACAGCGCGCAGUUGAGUGCAUCGAAGAGUUGGUCAAAUUGAAUCGUGACCAUACUGUUUGUGUUGAAACGCUGAAACGUCAGAACGACCUGUUGGAUUCUCGAGUUCAAGAGCUCCAACGUUUGGUGCAGCGAAUGGAUGGCGAAGAAGCGUGCAACACUCCAACAUCAAGUUCUUUUGCUAACACUAUUUCUCCGAAUAAUAAUGUCGCCCUUCGAUUAAUAUCACCAACAGCUUCGGGUGUCCCAAUGUAUCGCUGUAUGUCUCAAGAUCCACUCCAGUCAUCUACAUCAACAGAAUGUCCCGGAACUGCUUCUGGUGCAGAAUAUGUGUCGUCUAGUCAUCCAUCUGUUCUUCAGUCACAAAAACCUGUUCUGUGCACUAUGGCAAAUUAUUCUCCUUCUGCGCUUGGCCGUGCUAACACAGUAAUGCAUUUCGUCACUAACACGAGUGCCAUAAAUUCAAUCGGGGGAUUGGCGACCGACAGCAACACCACGAGCCUAGUUUCUAGUUCACAUUCUGCAUUUUCCCCUUCUGUUUCUUCGUCUGAUGGAUCCAGUACUGGGCCUGCACGAUCCCUCUCCCAGCGGUCUAGUCCUGGUGGGUUGUCAUCUUCGUCUAAUACUUCAUCUAACCCGACAUCACGGCAAUCCUUCAGGACAGAUGAUGACUACUCAGCAGUUUCGAGGGAAGUAAAUUCAACAGGGUCGUUAGAAAAUAUCCCAACAUCCGCGGAUGGUACCACACAUUCAAACAUCAAACCAGUUCGUCAACAGUUGCGUUCAUCUUCUAGUCCCUCACGUUCUUCUCCACCACCGAUUUUAUCGACUGUACCAACUUUGUUACCCGCUUAUCGUAAAUCAGAUUCUCCUAUACAUUCAUCACACUCACUAAACUCAGGAAGUUGCAGUUCGCAAGGGAAUUUAGGCGGAAAAUCGAAGCGUCGCAAAUUUAGAUGAAUUUUUCUCAGUAGUCUUCCUCAAAUUCUCAAGUUUAUUUUGUUUUUGUUCCACAUAAAUUCUGGGAUGUUUUGUCACAUUAUAUCUCGAUGGUUUCUUAGUUUUACCCAGGAUUUCUAUUUUACCAAACGUCGAAAUAAUUUCCCCCGUAUUCGGGUUUUCAGUUUUCUUUUGUCAAUUUUAUUGACUAACCGAGUAGAUUAGUUUCCACAGAUGAACACUCAAGUUAUGGGUUAUUCAUGAUACUCUUCUAAAUCCACUUGCUGUUUGCCAGUCAGUUUUCACUUAGACUAAUUUAUGUGUAGUUAAUUUAUUAUGCUUAUUUAUAUAUCUAAUAUAUAUGCUUGUAUAUCAGCUUUAUUUUUGCUAUGCCAUCUAAAGUUUGGUUUAAUAAGCGGUUUUUCAUGAAAAUUUGUUUCUUCCUUUGAAGCUUACGCUGAAGAGGAAUCCAGUGUAUUAUUUUCCAGUUUCUCACUUUGUCUCUUGAUGACAUGUUCUAAUCAUUUUUGCCAAAGAACUAAUUAUCAUAAAGAACUCAAUUAUGGUUUAAGUGUAUUGUUUCAUAUUUUAUGAUGCGUAUGUUGUACUCACAAAGACAGUUCCUCAGUUCAGUAAGUUGAAGCUAUUUGCCUGUGAGAAAUUUUAUGUUACCUCUAUACUAUGCAAAUCUUUAAAGAUAAACGGUUUAGUCC